UAGAAGCAUCCAGUUUUCACUCACGAUCCUCCUCAUGGGUGUUGGAAUUGCAACUGUGACGGAUCUACAACUAAAUGCCCUUGGCUCUUUCUUGUCUCUCCUCGCAGUUCUUACCACAUGUGUUGCACAAAUUAUGACAAACACCAUUCAGAAGAAGUUCAAAGUUUCUUCAACACAACUUCUAUACCAGUCUUGUCCCUAUCAGGCAUUAACUCUGUUCAUCGCUGGCCCAUUUCUGGAUUGGUGUCUGACUGAUCUAAAUGUUUUUGCUUUCAAAUACACUCCCCAAGUGCUGUUCUUUAUUGUUCUCUCCUGCCUUAUUUCUGUCUCAGUCAACUUCAGUACGUUUCUAGUUAUUGGAAAGACUUCUGCAGUUACAUAUCAAGUCCUAGGACAUCUAAAAACAUGUUUAGUUUUGGGCUUUGGCUAUGUUCUACUUCACGAUCCAUUUAGCUGGCGCAACAUUUUGGGAAUUCUGGUUGCCAUAGUUGGAAUGGUUCUAUAUUCUUAUUGUUGCACCCUCGAGAGCCAACAAAAGUCCAAUGAAGGAUCAUCAGCACAACUAUCCCAGGUGAAAGAAAGCGAAUCUGAUCCCCUAAUAAGCGUCGAAAAUGGAACGGCAAUCUUAGGCGACGGCGUGGGCCCUAAAGCUCCGGCGUGGAGUUCAAACAAGGACCUGCAUGCAUAAUAACGUCGUCGCCCGUCUUUUCAGACGAAUUUUGUUAUAGGCCAAAUCGUUGAAUCAAGAUAUCCCUCCCCAGCAAUGAAGAGAUUGCUGGCCAGACGGCUUCUCAUGCCGAUUGCUGCUGUUGUGUUGUAUCAAGAGUGCGACGACAUCUAUUAUUGAAGUAUAAAAAUUAGAAGAGAGGUAGAGGAAACUCUUUCUCAUUUAGCAGUUAUAUGAGUAUUGUUAAAGUAAAUGAUUCUGUCAGAUUAUUGACGACGCAUAUCCAAAUGUUUUUGAAGAUCAGAGAACAUAGACUGUUUUUACAACGUCUUGAAGAACAAUAUUUUUUCAUAAAUUGCAAUUUUGGUGAUUUAUAGCUA